AUGCGGAUGGAACAUAUGCGCAUGAUAUAUUCAAACAUCCUGGAGACACCAAAAGUAAGAACAACAAGAUCUAGCCAGCAGUGAUAUGAAGAGAGACCAACAAAACAUUACUGUUUACUAGUACCUGUUCUAAAAGAGCAAAAUUCGUGCCGAGUGUAGUUCAAUAUGGAUUUUCAACGGACAUCCACUUCUGACACAAUGAACACGAAGAACAUGCAUGUUUAAAUGUAAUAUUUAAAAUACCAUUCCCACUUUUUGAAAGGAAAACGGACAUACACAUAUAUGUAAAAUAAACAAGAACAUUUUAAAAUGGAUAAACAACUUAAAAGUAAGCAUAUACAUACAUUGGUAACAUUUUGUUCUGCCACAAAUAAUUUUGAGAAAUAUCUUGCAUGUUUCAUUAACAAAAAAAGUGCCGAGUUUUGUUCCUCAAAUAGGGAAUACAUAAAAACUAUUUGCAAAGUGUCUGACUAUAUAUGCUCAACCUGCGAUAUAGCCAAACUGUACCAAACGCAUGAGGGAUCUUCCGACGCGAGUCAACAAAGAGAGGUCUGCAAAUUGUGUCAAUCGUUAUAUGAUCGCAUAACGGAUAAACAUGCACUUAAAUCUCCCAAUUGGGAGAAUAUUGAAUGGAAAUUAAUUAUGAAAGAACCACUGCAACAUAUGAAAUGUUAUAUAAAGGAAUACGGACAUCGCGAGGUGCGAACGGUGCAGCAAUUAGGAUUGUCCGCUUUAAUUCAAAUCUGUUUAAAUCAUUGCGAUUUGAAUACACUGUUCGGCAACGUACUACCCUUCCUAGAAAAGAUUGCAGAGAAGCGAGAUCAAGUAUUCCAGUCCGAAACAUUGCAUAUUGGUGAAGACGAUUUAAAUACACAUUUGCGUAAGAUCGAAGACGUUUUUAAGACAGUACGCGGAGGUGCCGAUAUGGACAUAAGGUCUCACACGAUGUCAGCAAAGAUCUUCAACGCCGGUCAACAGCAAUUUACAGUUGAAGAUGAACUCAAAAUCAAGCUCACGAUAAUAGAGACUUUAAAUAGACGUAUUCAUUCUUUAAAAUGUUGGCAAACUUUAUCUGGAAACAGCCAAGAUGAUCCGGAGCUUCAAAAAUUGCUGUUUAUAAAAAAUCUACACUGCCAAAAACUUAAAGAGAAGAACCAACAACUCGCAAGCAAUACGCAUGGUAAAAUCCAGAGAUAUGAAAAACACAUGCAAGUUCUAAAACAAUAUACAGACAAAAUAAACAAGAUCUCUACUGACAACUCCAGUCAUUAUUGUGGAAGUGGAAUGGUGGGCGACCUGAUUGUACAGUCUCCACAUGACAAAUACAAUCAAACUUUACGAGAGGAAACUCACGACAAUAUGAUCGAAGUAGUAGAAAAUACACACACACUUAAAAUCGGUAAUAUAUGUACUAUGUGA